AUGGCAAAUAUAAUGAAUAUGAAGAAAGACAUGAAAUGUGUUGAACAUCUUCCUAACACCAAUGGUGUUAAGCAUGUUCCUGAUACGAAUGGAGUUGAACGUGUUCCCAAUACAAAUGGCGUUGAACAUGCUCCCUAUACAAAUGGUGUUGAACAUGUCCUCAUUACAAAUGGAGUUGAACAUGUUCCCAAUACAAAUGGCGUUGAACAUGCUCCCUAUACAAAUGGUGUUGAACAUGUCCUCAAUACAAAUGGUGUUGAACAUCUUCCGGAGACAAUUGAUGCUUUAGUCGUUGGCGCUGGAUUUGCCGGUUUAGCCAUGCUGCACGCAUUACGUGAACGAGGAUAUUCAGCAAAAAUCUUUGAGGCAGGUCAUGAAAUUGGUGGUACCUGGCACUGGAAUCGAUAUCCUGGUGCACGAUGUGACGUUGAAAGCAUGCAAUACUCGUAUUCAUUUAGUGAUGAAUUACAACAACAGUGGCACUGGUCAGAGCGUUUUGCUAAACAACCAGAAAUUCUUCGUUAUCUUAAUCAUGUCGUCGAUAAAUUCGAUUUACGCAAGCACAUUCAACUCGAAACUCGUGUGACAAGCGUCAUUUACGAUGAAGAUCGAUCACAAUGGGCAAUAACAACAAAUCGUGAUGAUCAUAUAAUAGCGAAGUUUUGCAUUAUGGCAACAGGUUGUCUUUCAAUUCCCAAAGAUCCGAAUAUAAAAGGACUCGAUCAAUUUAAAGGAAAUGUCUAUAGCACCAGCCAUUGGCCAGCAGAUGAUGUUAGUUUUAUUGAUCGCCGUGUAGCCAUUAUCGGUACAGGAGCAUCAGGUGUUCAGUGCAUUCCAAUGAUUGCGAAACAAGCUACUCAUUUGUAUGUGUUCCAACGAACACCGAAUUUUGUUAUUCCAGCAAAUUAUGAACCAGUCGAUUCAGAAUAUGAAGACGAUUGGAAAUCAAAUUAUACCCAACGCCGACGUCAAUCGUUAGAAUCACCGGCAGGCAUCUUUUUUGGCUACGUCAAUGAUUCUUCAAUUGCGACUAUGACCGAUGCAGAGCGCUUUGAGGAAGGAUGGAAAAGAGGAGGAUUUUCAUUUUAUACAGCGUUUCAAGGACGAUUGAACGAUAAGGCAAUCAGUGAAAUAAUUUCGAAGCUUAUCUGUGAUAAAAUACGUAAGACCGUUAAAGAUCCUGCUGUUGCUGAAACUUUGUUUCCAUAUGAUCAUCUUUUUGGCACCAAACGUCCUUGUGUAACCAGUCAAUAUUAUGAAACAUUUAAUCGUGAUAAUGUUACACUCGUCGAUAUACGCAAUAAAAAUAUUGAUGAAAUUACACCAACAGGUAUUCAAAUUGAAGACAAGCAUUAUGAUGUUGAUGAUAUUGUACUUGCCAUUGGAUUCGAUGCAAUUACGGGAGCUAUAUUUAACAUUGAUAUUCAUGGUCGUUCAGGCCAGACACUUCGAGACAAAUGGACAAUAAGACCACGUACAUUGCUUGGCUUGAUGAUGGCUCAUUUUCCAAAUCUUUUCACUAUUACAGGUCCUGGUAGUCCUGUAGAUUUAGGUAACAUGAUUCCUCAUAUUGAAGAGAAUGUUAAAUGGAUAAUAAAUUGCAUUGAUUAUCUCAAGAUGCAUAAUAUUGAUAGUAUAGAGCCUACAGUCAACGCACAAAAUGCUUGGAUGGAUCAUGUCGAUAUGGUUGCUGGCCAGAUCUUAUGUUCAACAGGUAAUUCUUGGUACAAUGGUUCGUCCCUUUCAGGGAAAACAAAUUGCGUCAUGCGUUAUGCUGGUGGUUUCAAUAACUAUUUAAAGAUGUGUGAAAACGCUGCCAUGCAUGAUUAUGCACAAUUUUUUGUGCUCAAACGAUCUCCAUAA